AACGCUUGCCCAAUAUUCGUCCGCCAUAUUUCAAUACUCGUGUGGUAAAAAUUGUUCAAAGAAUGUAUUUUAGCAAGUCUUCAUAAGAACUUUUUGUAUUUAUUGUAUAAAACGCAAAAUUUUUAGUUGAAACCAUGGAAACAAAUAAUAGCAAGGAUGAUAUAGUAAAUGGCUCUACUAAUUCUAAAGAUUCCGAAGAGGAUGAGUCUUUCGUAACCAAAGUACGUUCUAGAGUGUCGGGCUUGUUGAGCUCGUCUUUUUCCAGACUUUUUAAAAACCAGGACAAAAGAUCUGGGGUGGUAAGAUCAAGAGAAGAUGAAGAAACUAACGAGAUCCAACCUCCUUGUAAGAAAGCUAAAGGAAUGGAAAAUGAUACAUUAUCUACAACACGUUAUAGAGAAAAUACUAUUAGUCAUUCUGAAUUCAUGGCUAAUUUGAAUAACGAUUCAAGUGUUGAAACAACCAUGGAACCAAUUCCCGGUCCUUCGUUUAUUUCUCAGAGAAGUGUACAAAAAACUUUUAAUAAUUCUACAACUACUGGUGUAUCAAAUAGAGAUAAAUAUGUGGAGAGUGAAAACACAAGUGGGUAUUCAUCAAUGGCUAAAUUGAGUGAGAAGCAGUUAGGAAAAAAUAAUGGAAUCUCAGAAAGUAUGAUCAACCCUACAGAGAAAACGUUUAGUGAAAAGAAAUCAAUGUUUGAUGUAUCAACUCCCAUAACACCAAGCAGAUCUCUAUUUGCUGAUCAGAGUUUCAGCCCACAAGAUAAAAAUACAUCUCUGAGUUCAAGAAAGCCAUCCUUCAAUAUGUCAAACUUUGGUUCUCCAAGUUUUGUUGAUAGAACAUUAACAACAAGUAAAAUCAUAAAUUCCCCUUUCUAUAAUGGCUCAACAAUUUAUGGAGGAGCUUCAGCUUACGGAAGACAAUUAGGAAUGAACGAAACAAGAAAACAACAGUUGAAAAAUUCUUUUAUGGUGAAACCGGUAAACAAGUCUUCUGACUCAAAAUCAUUUACUUCCCUGAGUAAAACUGCCAGAAGAAUUUUGGAAACUCUGGAGCAAUGUAGCAACCCCAUGUCUGACGUUAAAAAAGUUCCGUUGCCCACCAGAACAGAUAAACAGGGAUUGUUUUCAAAGUAUGUAGCAGCAAAUCCAUAUUCUAAGAAUUCCAAAAUGGGCUCGAGCAAAGAACUUCUGGUUCCAUCGGUGUCCGAAAGGCUCAAAAUGAAACAGAUUCAACGUUUACAGGAUAAAACGAAUGAGAUAAGACAUAUAGCGUCUUCCUCAAAUUCCAAUUUGAAUAAUGAAGAGUACAAAAUUUCUACUGAAAAUCAACAGAAACAUACGAAUAAGAUGAAAUCGAAAAUAACUUCGGUUAGAUCCAAAGCUCCAACUAUUGAGGUUCUAGAUGAUUAUAUUUUGAAUCCAGUUCCUUUAAUGAUACCUGAAAAUAAGUAUCCUACAUUCGAAAUGCCAGAAUUUAAUAUAACUGCAUCACAAGAGAACAAGGACAAAAAUAAAAUUUUAGAAAAAGAGAAGCAAGACGGUUUGAAGAAUGAUGUUGCCAUUAAAAAAGAUUUGAAAACUGAUAUGGUAAAACUGGUGGAAAAUGGAAACCAGGCCGUGGGGAUCAAAACUAGUGUGAAUAAACUGAAACCUGCUCUUAGUGAACUUCAGAACAAGACGACAGACAGUGUUACGGAAUAUACGUUUUCUAAACCAUUGGUAAUAGCUGAUAAUUCAAAAUCAAUCAUCGCAAUCAAUAACUUCAAAUUCAGCGAGCCGUUGUCUAAGAAAAUUAAAUUAACUGAGAAUGCCAGUGAAACAGAUCAAAAAAAAUCGCAAUCUAAGGAAAUUGAGACUAAGAUGACUAAUGGAAAUUUAUCUUGUGAAAGUGACAAUGUGGACUUGAAAAUAUCUAGUGACCCCUUACUGGAAAAAUUCAAACCUCCCGAGGGUACUUGGGAGUGUCAGACAUGUUUGAUCAGGAACAAAUCCCAAGUUACAAAAUGUGCAGCUUGUGAAACACCACGAGCGGAAAAGAGCCAGAACUCUAAGAAAGACUCUACUUUGAGUUUUGGCUUGCAGUUCGCUAAAAAAUUGGAUGAAUGGGACUGUCCAACAUGUUCAGUGAGAAAUAAAGUUCAAAACAACAUAUGUGUGGCGUGCGCCACUCCCAAAGUUUCCAAACCAGAAACUAACGGUAUUGGGAAUAAAUUUAAAGCUCCUUCUAAUGGAUGGGAGUGUGAUACCUGUUGGGUAAGAAAUAAAAACGAAUCGCAGAAGUGUGUCGCCUGCGAGAGUACAAGGAAAGAUUUGUCUUCGAAAUCAAGUGAUUCGAUGAAUCCUUGUUUGAAAGUAACCAAGUGCCAGAUGUGUUUGAGCGAAAUCAAAGGGGUGGAAGGAAAAUGCACGCAAUGUGAGAAUAGUCGUACGAAUCAGAUAAAAUUCGAUUUUCCAAGCCAUCUGAAACCUUCGAAUGAAACUUGGGAAUGUGGUACUUGUCUAAUAAGAAAUAAAAACGAGUUGAAGGCUUGUGCUGCGUGUGAAACUCCCAGAGAACAAACUAUUAAUGAGGUGAAAACAGAUGCUCCAACAAAAAAAUCUGAAAAAUGGGAAUGCCCUACGUGCAUGGUGAGGAAUAAUUCAGAAGUUGAGAAGUGUCCAUGUUGCGAAACCCCGAAACCUGGAGUGACCUUGGUUAAUAAGAGCAAUGUUAAUAUGUUCAACUUUGGGGUUAAUAAAAUGCAAUUCAAUUUUGGAAUACCGAAAGAUAUGCAGGGGAGUAGUUCGUCAGCCAUCAGUUCCACAUCUUCGUUGUUUGGCAAUACUAGUAAUGAAACAUCUUCGGCAACUCCAGUUUUUAAAUUUGGAAUUGCACAGGAAAAUACAGAAAAGAAUGAUAGCAAAGUAGAGCAGAAAACGUUUUCAUUAUCCAAUUCAACUGAAUCUGAAUCCAAAAAUAAAGCAGAUUCCAAUUCAGUACAAUCCCUACCGAAUAAUGAAAAUAAAGAAAAAUCUGAUAGUUUUCUAUUCAAAACCCCAUCAGUUGCUUCGGACAAAAGUUCUCUUCCUGUGUUCAAAUUUGGUGCACCAACGGCUGAUUCGAAAGAACCUCCUAAAGAUGCAGCAGCUCCAAAUCUUCUUUUCAAAUUCACCCCUCCCAAACCAGUAACCGUGGAUAAUAAAUUCACCGGAACGUCAUUAGAAGAUCCGAAAAAAACAGACACUGCUAGUACGUCAUUGGUGGCACCAUCGGCACCUCAGAGCGAUUCUACCAAGCCCUUAUUCAGUUUUGGAAGUAAAGAUAACGACUCGAAGGACAAAAAUGCCAAACCAAUGUUCAGCUUUGGUAGUUCAUCAUCAUCUUCUGCCCAACCGGGUGGUUUUAACUUCAAUCCUGUAAAAACUGACGUUACAUUGCAGCCCACGAAUUCCGUCAGUUUUGCCUCGAAUUCCGUUCAACAAAGCACAAAUUCUGAAGGUUCUACGAUGAAAAACGGAGGUUUCAAUUUUGGAAGUACUACCAUGAACAGCAAUCAAGCAGCGGUUUUCAGUUUCGGUGCCACCCAAAAUCCAGCUGAGGCAACACCACUCGGCAAAGGCGGAUUUGAUUUCUCAUCUGCGGUAAAACCCGCAGGUGGUUUCAACUUUUCUGCGCCAGUUCCUUCAUUUGAUGCAGGAACUAAACCAUCAUUCAAUUUCACAGGAGGCUCAGUACCUACAUUUUCGGCAAACCCCACCGAAGGAGGGGGUGGACCUGUUCCUGUUCGUAAAUUUAAAAGAGCAGUUAGAAGAACACAGCGAUAGUUCUGGAUUUUUUUGUAAAUAGGAAUGAAUGCGAUUGAGUGAAUCAGUUUCAAGUAUAAUAUUGAAGCAUAGUGUGUUCAAGUUUGUUGUAAAUAAAUUCAGGAUUUUCUAUUGGCCGCAGGCCAAUACAAUGAUUUUUUUCAGACCUAUGAAGUGUUAUCUUAUAUUGUGAAAAGGUGAACUAGCAAUCUGUGAAAAUUCAGAGUCCAACAUGCCUUUUUGGAAUUGUAAUAUAAUGUUGAUAAUAUUGUAGAAUAUAUAAUUGAUGAACGAAUAUGGUUUGGUCUCUUACCAAACAGAGCAAAUAAAACAGAUUUAUUCUUCA